ACGUGGAGCCUGAGAUUUUCUCCUAAAUAUCUGCUUAUUUAUCACUAGUCUUUCAUCAGAUAAUAUAUCUUAUGAUGCAGUCUGGGACCUAAAGAUACCGCCCAUGGAUAGAUACACAGUUUCAGCUGAGAGAUAUUUAUCUCAGCACCAUGUGCUUGUUUACCUUGAGGAUGCCGUCUCUCAGCUCCUAGAACACAAGGAGGACAACCCCAAGGUCAAUGCCACAAAGUUCUUCAGCGAUUAUUUCACAAGUGUUCGAGAAGGCAAUCACACGUUAUAUCGGGAGUACAACUUCAUCCGGAUAACACCACACAAUAGGUCUUCAUUUGUCCGCACGAUAUGGAAAUGUUUCCGACAUAUAGGGAAAAAAGGAGAUCUGCUGACGAUAAAAGAAUACCACUCCUUGAUCUGUCUGCUGUGUUAUGACUUUCCUUUUGAUGUGGUUCAAAAAACUGCCAGAAUCAUUCUAAUGGAAGAUGCCCAGGAUUGUCUGAUUUCAUUUGCUGACUUCCUCUAUGCAUUUCAAAUACAAUUUUACUAUGAUGAGUUUUUGUCCAAAUGUUCUGAUGUCUACAAGGCUCUUGCGUCGUCAGCAGGCCGGGAUACUGUCGUUGUUCCGACAUCCGAGGACCAGGCAAAUGUUCACGCCAAGGAGGAAAAGGCGAUGGCGCCCUCUCUCAACACAGAAGGAGUUGAUUCGCUACAAUUUUUCAGGGCUCUGACGCCAAUUAUAGAAAAGACCGACUUUAGCACGCCACCACUGAACGCCCUUAAGGAGAUCCUGUCCACUGCACCUAGAGUUUCCUUCUAUGGCUUCCUGAUGGCUUUGGCAAAAUGUGAUAUCAUCAAUGGAGACAUAGGCAUGUUACCGCAUCGUGAUGAUAUCUAUGACGGAAUACUUGAGAAAGAUGUGCAAGAAGUGCAAAUUGCCGAACAAGAGCGACCACCUCACUGCUACGGACGGGGAGCUGACAUCUUUGCCCAAACCUGACUUAGAUCAGUAUUAUAAUCGCUAGAUCAAUCGGUAGGAGAGGGUCACAUGCGGAAUUAUAUGACAACAUUUUCAGAUCGAUGCAUUUUCUUACGCAUCGGAUCGAGAAUGGUGUCUUGUGAUUCUGACCUCAGAGUUGUUCCCGUCCUGGUAACAUCACAGGUCUUGAAAACAUAUUUGGCAAACAAACCUAAACACCCCGCAGACAAGCAAUUUUCAUCAUGGCAACCUGUGAUAAUAAUCGCUGUGAUGUGUGACAAAAAGACCUUUUGUCCGCGGGUAAAACUGGUAAUCGCUGGAUUUGAUAUUGAUCCCAGGUUGCUGCGACCACUGAUUCUUGUCACCGGGACCUGCGAUAACUACAAUAAACCUAAACAUGUUUCUUCCCAAAAAUGUUUUCAAACCUGUAGCCUGGCUACAAUCUGGUCUGUUUAAUAGCGUGUUAUGGUUGUUAUAAAAUACAUCAAUAUGUUUUUUUCUAGCUUAGAGCAAAUUCAUACUUAAAAGAUAUUGUCACCAAAUGAAUUUCUUCUGGCACGUUCCCCUUUAAGUGCACUUUACUUUCAUCUAAUGGGAAAUAAGUUCUCUGCGACCAGUCAAGUUGACUAACCCAAAGAGCCAGGUUCUGGCCGGCAUAUUCUAUUCCUGGUGUUGCCAGUAGUGGGUUCAUGUCUUUAUGGAGCCGAUGUGGUGUAGUGGCUCGGGUCUCUGCCAGCAGUCCUGAGGUCCCUGGUACGAUCCCCACAGCCGGCCUGAGACUGGGCAGGUCCCUUUGCCUUACAUGUCUUACUUCAUCCAGAUGUGAAUGGGUACUGGUUACAUUAUACAUUAUAAAAACAACCUGAAUUAUGAGAACUUGUCUUUCAUUGCUAGACCUCCUCCCCUGACUGUCUGCCUAAGAUAAAAAUGCUUAUCCCCAUCCUUGUUUUUGUUUAGCUUGUUGAUUCGAAAAUUCAUGUUACUCGUUUUCUAUUUUGCUGUUUCAGUCUAGGGUGUGAAAGCGUUAAAAUUCAUUUCCAACCAAUCUGUGCCCUGUUCGCUCAUCCUAAAAUGACGAUUUAUGGCAAAGAUCCUGAAGCAUUUUGUAAACAAUAGGCAGGCACUCCUCCUGGGCUCGUCCCCAGUUUUUGUCCCCGGCACCGCACGACAUUGCUGUUAAUAAUUUGAACGCUGCUCCAUAUAAUCCCACAAACAUUGCCACCAAAAUAACCGCACUUUCAUUGUUUACAUUACGAGAAUUUUAACCCUUUCACAUCCAAGGUUUAUUAUAAUCAAGCUUGAAACAUGGUUUCAAAACUAUUUUAAGAUCAGGAAUGUGAUUUCAUUGACUGGAAAAGUGAGAUUAAUCUUGAUAUUAAGCAUGAUAGUCUUGAUAAGCACUUCUGUAAUAUCCUGGCCCAAGUCACUAGACAUCCAAUCAAUAUUUGUGACUCGUCACACCAAAACCAGGCGCAUGUCGCACAGAAGAUGAGCCUAAAUGACACCAGAAGAUAAUGGAAGAAAUUGAUGUGCUCAUAUUUCACAAUAGGCAGACAAUAGAGAAAUGAACAAACAGUCUGUCUCAACCUGCCAAGCUCAGAGCGACAUGCGCCUGGUUUUGCUGUGACGGAUCACAUUUGAACUUUCUUGAACAGUUCCUACCAAAAGUGGUAUUUCAAUUUCCAACCAAACAAGUAAGAAAAAGUAAGACUUUGAAUCUCAACGAGUUUGAAAGUGUUGUUAACUUGAACUUGAACUUCAAAUGGUAAAAUAAGACAUGAUUUGCACAUUGUAGUUUUGGAUUCAAAAGUUCCCAGUUCCUGUCAUUCAGUCUCUAAAAUGUCCAAUCUCUCUUA